AUGUCUUACGGAUCCUACGUCCACUCCAGUAUCUUCUUACCCGAGUAUAUCCUUGAAAGUGUUAUUGAUGGGCAUAGUAAUACUCCCAGGAUUGAUCCCGAAAGCUUCUUAAGUAAAGCUACGCCUAAAAAACUCUUAGAAGUCAUCCUCGCAUUUUUCCCUCAUUUCAAAUUCACUCAAAACGCUCAAGAAGAUCACGAGCUUCUACGUAUGAUCUUUGUCGAAAUGGUCGCCCCACGCCUUAGAAACCUACAACUCCCUUCUCAAACCGACACCAAGUACAUCGAAGCUCCACUCAUCAGAGAAAAGUUUGGGCCUCGCCAAGAUCCCAGAUGCGUGGACUCGGCAGCUGACCUCGACCUCGACCACGAGAGGAAACGUCUGUUCGAUAUUUAUUGUCUUCCUCACCUCAAGAACGGCCAAUAUCGUCAGGCAGUCAAAGGUUUAGACAAAUUUAUCAAAACUUACAAGUUCUUAACUCAACAUGAGCUCGAUUCAGUCCACUCUGCUCAAGAAGAAGCUCAAGAGAGCCUUGACGAUCAUCUUAGCUAUCUUACCGAAAUUCAUAAGAAGGUCGAGAGGCUCCACCUUCAAUUGCGCGACGGUACAUUUGGCGUGCCCUCCUACUCAAACCAAGACAAAGUGUUCUAUGAUUGCCUCCAGAUCGAUCUCACUACCUUGCGAAAUCGUCGGAUCUUAUUUAAUACGAGCUUACAAGAUCUCGGAUUGAUUUCAGCUUUGGCCGAACAUCAUAAGGACUUGCUCGCCCAAAAUCAACUCAGCGAUUCUUCAAGCAAUUCUGAAACGCAAGACACCGAAAAAGACCAUCAUUCAACCACCCCUAAUUCUGAAGCGCAAGAUACCGAAAAAGGCCAUCAUUCAAUCAUCCCUCGAGAUACUUGA